AUGGCAGGAGAUGAUCCAAUGGCUAUCCUUGCUGAUGAGGAGGAGGAGCAGAAGAGGAAGUAUGUUCUGGCCAAGCCAUCCAGUGCCCCUUCGCUGAGGGAGGUGACGGACAGCACUCCUACAGUGCCGAUGUCAGAGGGCCCCCCUGCAGCCUCACAGCAGGGCAGGGAAGGCCUGGAGACGGGAUGUGUCGGCGUCGGCAACCACCUCCUCAUCUCCAAGGUGUUCUACUUCUUUUUCUAUGCUGCGUAUGGCUCCCUGCACCCCCUGCUGGCAGUGUACUACAAGCAGCUGGGCAUGUCUCCCAGCCAGGGUGGGCUGCUGGUGGGAAUCCGCUACUUCAUUGAGUUCUGCAGCGCUCCAUUCUGGGGGAUGGUGGCUGACCGCUUCAGAAAGGGCAAAACCGUCCUGCUCUUCUCCGUACUCUGCUGGAUUCUGUUCAAUUGUGGCAUCGGCUUUGUCAAGCCAGCCGUCAUGAGCUGUGUGGAGAAGAACACAGCAGUGGCUAUCCCCAACGCCACCCACCACACGCCUCCAGGCAAUAACACAAGGAGUCGAAGAGAUUUGCUUGGAGAAUUCUUUGGCCUCCCUCCACUGUUUCAGAAUUUACUUCCUGUAUGUAGUUAUCAAAGCAGAUAUGUCAGAAGUACUGGUGCUAAGUCCACAGUCACUCCGUCUGGCUCUGCCAAUCCUACAGACACUGCAUCCCUUUCCACUGUUUCCACAACCACAAAAACAGCGAAAACCAAAUCAACGUCCCCGAGCAGCAGUACCUCCAGACUGAAAGAGCACAUCAUUAUCUACAGCACAGAGCAGGUGCAGGCCGUCUUCCUGCUGAUUCUGCUGCUGGUUAUCAUCGGCGAGUUCUUCAGUGCCCCUGCGGUGACUGUCGCAGACACAGCCACGCUGCAGUAUCUGGGGCCGCAGCGGGACCGUUACGGUCUGCAGAGGAUGUGGGGGUCCCUGGGCUGGGGCCUGGCCAUGCUGUCCGUGGGGAUCUGGGUCGACCACACCCACAUCAGGCCCUUUAUCAAAGGAGCAGGGUGCGCCAUUCCUGACUACAAAAACUACCAGAUCGCCUUUGCUGUGUUUGGGGUGCUGAUGGGCAUAGCUCUGGGAGUGGCCACGCAGUUCUACUUUGACACUGGCGAUUACAGGCCAGAGGAGUUGGAGAAGAGGGAGGAUGUGGAGAUCCCACAUGUGGCUCAGACCUCCUGCUCUGCAGAGGGGAUUCCUGCAGAGGCUGCAGUCUCCGACAGCAGCAGCAGCAGCAGCCAGCAGCCGUACCACUACAGCGACCUGAUCAAGCUGUUGUGUAGCGUGCAGUAUGGCACAGUGCUCUUUGUGGCCUGGUUCAUGGGUUUUGGGUACGGGUUUGUGUUCACCUUCUUGUACUGGCAUCUGGAGGACCUGCAGGGAAGCCCUACGCUCUUUGGUGUCUGCUCGGUGCUGAGCCACUCCUCUGAGCUCACCUCCUACUUCAUCAGUCACCAGCUCAUUCAGCUGCUGGGUCACAUCAGGGUGCUGUACAUUGGCCUGGCCUGCAACACAGCGCGCUACCUGUACAUCUCCUACCUGCAAAAUGCUUGGAUCAUUCUGCCUAUGGAGCUGCUUCAGGGUGUGACGCAUGCUCUGGUGUGGGCGGCCUGCAUCUCGUACCUGAGCGCGGCUGUGCCCCCCGUCCUCCGCACCUCCGCCCAGGGCAUCCUGCAGGGCCUGCACCUGGGUCUGGGCCGCGGCUGUGGCGCCAUGCUGGGAGGGGUCUUUGUCAACUACUUCGGAGCAACAACUACCUUCAGAGGAAUUGGAAUAUCCUCCCUCGUUAUCCUCCUCUUUUUCUCCCUCAUUCAGUGUCUUACAGGACAGAAUGCAGAGGAGAGAAUGCUGGCAGAGAACAUUCUGGUUCCAUCCAGCCUGGUUCCAAUAGCGACUGUUCACCUGGUGCAGCACCACUCAGAGGCUGCGAUACCCCACCCCGAACCUCAGCUGCCCCCAGUGAAGACGAAGCACCAGGAGGAGCAGGAGCAGGGCCUGGAUAAGCCUGCCUGGGGACUCUCUGCCCCCCCCUGGGUCACCGUCGCCUUUGUCAUCUACCAAACCCGUGAGGCUGCCGCUAUGACAGAGACACAGCCACUGCAGGAGACAGAUGAACUAGCCACCCCCAGGCUUGCUGUAGAGACUGAGACACGCCCCACACAGCACUGAGAGCACGUCCAGGUUGGGCCUCAGGGUGUCCGCACCAACUCCUGCUCCCCAGUGCCAAGGACAGCCCCACUGCUCUCCUGGAGACUGCUCUUCACACCUCCCCCGCCAGCACUGAGGUGCGCUGG